AUGGCCCAUAGUUUCACUGAUUACGUUUCAGUUGCUGCAGUCUCAUGUGCCGAUGAUGACUCAAUAGAAAAACGAGGUGGCGGACGAGCCUUCGUGCCGUUGGAAAAGCGAGGUGGAGGACGAGCUUUUGUGCCGAUUGAGGAGAGGGGUGGUGCCAGAGCAUUCUUCCAAGAUGAGAAACGAGGCGGAGGCAGACCCUUCGUGAUAAACACUAGAGGCGGAGCAAGGGCCUUUAGAGAGUUGAAACGAGGUGGAGGACGAGCUUUCGUGCCGAUCGAGGAGCGAGGAGGAGCUCGAGCGUUCUUCACAGAUGACAAGAGAGGAGGAGCAAGAGCAUUCGUGCCAACGAAAGAAGAUGAUGACAGCCAAUCAGCGUUCGAAUUAGAGAAAAAGGGUGGUGCAAGAGCUUUUGUGGAACCAAAACGAGGCGGAGGACGAGCAUUCUUACCAAUUGAAGAACGAGGCGGAGCUCGUGCUUUCUUCCAAGAACCAAAGAGAGGUGGAGCAAGAGCUUUCCCAAAACGUGGAGGAGGCCGAGCUUUCAUUCCUGAAAAGAGAGGAGGCGCGAGACUUUUCCAAAAUUCGAAGCGGGAUUAUAUGGACGAGUACCCUGAAUGGCUGAUGUAUGACGAGCCUUCGCCAUUUGAAGAAGUUCGGUCCGAUGAUGAACGACUGGGGAAACGAGGCGGCGCACGCAGCUUUCCUAUUCUGAACUCUGCUGAAAGACGUGAUGUUUAUUGA